CAAGAAAAACAUGUUUUUUUUUUGUAUCAUUCCGAUUCACUUUUGGCUCCUGCUGCGAGAGGUCUUCAAGGGCACGAUGAAAAACUGGGUAAUGAGGUCUUAAACUUUUGUCCCUCCCCUCUGCGCGAGGUGCAGCCACUUCAGCCCAAGACUAAAAGUUGCGAAGUGCACAGACCAUAUACAUAGACAGACGCCCAGGCGAUCCUCUUGCGGGAACUUCUCUCCCGGACCUCUUCAUCUCACAGCAGGGAAUGCAGACUUGGGUUCCAAUCAGCGUCAGCAGCUUCUGAGAGAAGAGCACUUGCUAAUCCAAGGUGGCAGCCAGCUAAAAAGUGGACUGCUGUUGUGCUAUCUUUUUUUUCGCCCCCUGAUUGUUCACCUUCAAAAUGUCUGGCCGUGCGGAUGUUAGGGUGAUGCUGCUGAAGUGCUUGCUCUUGCUGAGCCUGAGUGGCUGCCUGGGCCAGAAAGACUGUACCGGAGUGGAUUGCCCCGUGCUGGAGAACUGCAUAGAGGAGUCGCUGGGGGGCGGCGCAUGUUGUGCCACCUGCGUGAAGACAGGAUGUACCUGCCAGGGGUACCAGUACUACGACUGCGUCAACGCCGGCUUCAGGGAGGGGAAAGUGCCCGAGGCGGAGUCGUACUUUGUCGAUUUCGGAAGCACGGAGUGCUCGUGCCCCGAGGGCGGCGGGCGGAUCAGCUGCCACUUUAUCCCCUGCCCGGACAUCCCGGCCAACUGCAUCGAGCUGUCGGAGCCGUCUGACGGGUGCAUCCAGUGCGAGCGCGUCGGGUGCGUGCACAACGAGCAGAAGUACGAGGCGGGGCACUCGUUCCACAUGGACCCGUGCCAAGUGUGCCACUGUCCCAACGACGGCGGGAGCCUCAUGUGUUACCCGGUCCCAGACUGCGAUCCAAGUAAAGUCGAGAAGCCCGUGCUGGCCACAACCACUGAGGAGAACGUGCACAAGAGGCCUCAGGGUAACCCUCUGCAGUUCAUCUUUCAGCACCAGGGUCCGAGAGACAGCUUAUCCAAGCCGUUCCGACUGGCCCACGGAGACACUCUCCCUCUCUUCACUCAGCAUCCAAACAAUCUAGACGACGACGAGGAGGCGGACUACGACUAUAUGCCCACGGACACCCCAGGGCCACCUCUCGUAGAUCUGGCCGCCCCUACCGAGUCCUCCAUCAUCUCGGUGUCCUACCCAGAAUCCUUCACUCCACGUGUGGGUCUUCACAGGGACAUGAAACAAGAGCUCAGAGAGACAUUCGCUGUCCACCAUGAGGCAACGUCCCAAAUCGAGACCACCCACGCCCCGACGACUCUUCAGGAGACCACCCUGCAACACCACAGAGAGGUCACGACCGCCUCCUGGUACCAAGCCUUAGAGAACCAAGUUUUCCCGCUGGAGAUCGCUGGUGCUGCAGACCACGAUGAUAGGGAUGCAGGAGGGAGCGAUGAAGAUGAAGAUGAAGAACGGGAACACGAGGAAGAGGUAGAGGAGGAAGAGGAGAGAACACUCACCUCACAUGCCUUCACUGUGUUUCCGCAGAGAGGAAACCAUGGGUCCCCUAAUCACAGACUCAGCGAGACACAGAGCAGGCCUGUGAUGCACAACCUUGACAGCUCUGCUGAUCAUUUACAGGGCAAGACUACACACACCAGGCCUGUAGUGGCGGAAAACGACAGACACAAAGACAGCCUUGCCGAUCAUGCACAUAAUAGGAAUACUCAGAGCAGGCCUAUCAUAGAGGAAGUUUCCCAAGACAGGGGCACCUUUACUGACCAUGGUCAUGACAGGAAUACUCAGAGCAGGCCUGUCAUGGAGAACGUUGACAAAGACAGAGGCACCUUAAGUGACCACGGUCAUGACAGGAAUACUCAGAGCAGACCUAUCAUGGAGCAACUUGACCCACAAAUGAGCACAUUUUCUGAACAUGGCGGUAGCAAGACUACACAGAGCAGACCUGUCAUACAGGAACUUGACAGAGAGAGGGGCACCUUUACUGAACAUGGUCAUGACAGGAAUACUCAGAGCAGACCUGUCAUAGAGGAAGUUGACAGAGAGAGGGGCACCUUUCCUCAAGGACAUAGCCUGACUACACAGACUAGGCCUGUGAUGGCAGAAAUCGACAGAGACAAAGGCAGCUUUGCCGAUCAUGGUCAUGACAGGACUACUCAGAGCAGACCAGUGAUAGAGGACGUUUCCCGAGACAGGGGCACCUUUAGUGACCAUGGUCAUGAUAGGAAUACUCAGAGCAGGCCUGUCAUAGAGCAUCUUGACCCACAAAGGGGCACAUUUUCUGGACAUGGUGGUAGCAAGACUACACAGAGCAGACCUGUCAUGGAGGAAGUUGACAGAGAGAGGGGCACCUUUCCUCAACAAGGACAUAGCCAGACUACUCAGACUAGGCCUGUGAUGGCAGAAAUGGACAGAGACAAAGGCAGCUUUGCUGAUCAUGGACAUAACAGAAAUACUCAGAGCAGACCUGUCAUGGAGGAAGUUGUCAAAGACAGAGGCACCUUUACUGAUCAUGGUGAUGACAGGAAUACUCAGAGCAGACCUGUCAUGGAGGAAGUUGACCAAGACAGGGGCAGCUAUGAGGGACAUGAAAAUAAUAAGAAAACACUGAGCAGGCCUGUCCAAGAUGAAGUUGACCGAGACAAAGGCAUAGGUCACAGGCCCUGGAGACCCUCCCCGGAGGAGCCCAGCGCGAGGCUCGACAGGCCACAGGAACACGUCACUCCCCCGCCGGUGGUGGUGAACUUUGCAGAGCACACUACCAGACCACAGAGGGUUCACGAGAUCCACACGUUCCCCGCAGUGCGGUUCUUCACCACCAGCCAACCUCCCCUAAGAGUGAAAGCAGAUGGGGGACACCCCGCGAGAAAUCAGACCCAGGAACUCGGCAGCGUCCACGCCGAGGAGAGAGAGAGGGAGAGGGAGAGGCAGCGGGAGGACGAAGAGGAGCGGGGCAACUCCCUCAGUUCCCUCCCCCUGGAUAAUCGCGGUGCGUUUGCCAUGAGGCAGGUGGAGAGAUGCUGUGAGGUGGGCAGGAAAUGGGCCUCAGAGAACCACCACUGCAACCACAUGGCCGCCAUGCCUGACGACAGCAACAUCUUAUGUAGUGUUGCCCAGGACCAGUGCUGCACGGGCGCCCUGAGGCAGAGCAGGUGUUUGGCUGGCAUGAGCGCUGCCAGAGGGGGGGAUGCCUGCCAGGCUCCGCCGGAUGGACGGCACUGCGGAGAGGACUCCUACCAGGAGUGCUGCAGCUGCUGCUCUCUGGGCCUACAGCUGCGGGAGGCGGGUCUCGGUUGCCAGGCCCACCAGCACCUGGACUACCCCUGCGGCCACAUCCUGCUCACCUGCUGCGAGGAGGAAGAGGAGGGGGCGGGGGGGUACGGACCAGAAGGACCCACGCUCAGGAGGAAGGAGAUGCCCAAGCCCGCGACCACACCACAGAAAGUGUCUGACAGGAAGUUCCCCAAGGAGGCCUUCUCCGCGGGCGACAACGAGGACGCCGGCGCCAACUCGCUGGAGGAGACGGGGGACGUGGACGCGUGCCAGAAGUACGCCGCACGGCUCUGCCACCACAUCUGCAUCAACACCUGGGGCUCGUACCAGUGCGGCUGCCACCCCGGCCAUGUCCUGCUGCAGGACGGGCACACCUGCGCGCCAGAGGACUCGGAGGAAGACAACAGACUGCGUGAGGAAGAAGAGCGGCCUGUCAUGCAGACGACCUCCAGACUAACGACCUCCACCUCCUCCUCCUCCUCCUCCCUCACCACCACCACAACCACCACCACCCAGAUCCCUGUUCUCCUCAACCCAUGUGCAGGCAAUGGCCCAUGUGCACAGCGGUGCUCUGUAGCCGGGGGUCGUGCCAAAUGCUCCUGUUUCCCAGGAUUCUCUCUGAUGGCUGACGGGCACUCCUGUGAAGACGUGAAUGAAUGCAGGGGAGGAACACACAAUUGCUCCCGCGGGGACUUUUGCGUGAACUCGGAGGGGUCCUACCGUUGCGUCCGCCUCAACGAGAUGUGUGACGAGGGCUUCAUUCACAAUGUCAAUAGACAGUGUGUGGAUGUGGAUGAAUGUCUCACCAACACACAUACCUGCAAGCCCAGUGAGCGGUGUGUGAACACGGUGGGAGCCUUCGUGUGCGAGAGGCAGAUCACAUGUUCACCAGGGUACCAGCUGAGGAAUGGAGUCUGUGAAGACAUCGAUGAAUGUGUGGUGAGGACACACAACUGUGGAUCAACUACGGAGUGCAAGAACACAGAUGGAUCGUUCAGCUGUGUUCCUAAGCAGCGGUGUUAUACAGGGUUCACGCAGGACACACACAGCAACUGCAUUGACAUUGACGAGUGUAGCACCUUGGGGGAGCCCUGCAGCGCGGGUUUCAACUGCAUCAACACGGUGGGCUCCUACACCUGCCAGCGGAAGGUGAUCAUGUGCAGCCCGGGUUACCACGCCAGCCCAGACGGAGCCAGGUGCAUCGACGUUGAUGAAUGUCAGACGGGCAUCCACCGCUGUGGAGAGGGGCAGAUAUGUCAGAACGUCCCUGGCAGCUACCGCUGCAACUGCCAGACAGGCUACCAGUUCGACGCCAUCCGCCAGUCCUGUGUGGAUGUGAAUGAGUGCUGGCAUUACCCGGGUCGCUUAUGUGCUCAGACAUGCGACAACACGCCGGGCUCCUACCAGUGCUCCUGCACCGCCGGCUUCUCCUUGGCCUUCGAUGGCAAAAACUGCGAAGAUGUGAAUGAGUGCGACACCAAUGCAUGCAGCCAAGAAUGUGCCAACAUCUACGGCUCCUACCAGUGCUACUGCAAACAGGGUUUCUAUCUGAAGGAGGACGGCCACACUUGUGAGGAUAUUGAUGAGUGCUCGCAAAGCAUCGGACACCUGUGUGCUUUCCAGUGCGUGAACAUCCCUGGCAGCUACCAGUGCGCCUGCCCACCCAGCGGUUACAGCAUGUCACCUAAUGGCCGCACGUGCAGAGAUGUU